AUGGCAAAGGACCCGACGUCGGUGGCAGCGCCACGUCAGCUGGUCGAGUACUUCUUCGUCGCGACCAAGACAGGCGCCGGCGACGAGGCGCUAACCUUCCAGUACCCGGCGACGACCGAGACGGACGAGUACCCGCCCAACAUCCUCAUGUUUAUGUUUCCGUGCACGUCGUCGCCGGCGCAUGGCGGCCUCCUGCCACCGCCGGUCUACAACACCUUUGUGCUCACGACCGCGUCCGGCGCGGCGCUCUACGGCACGUCCAUUUGCUUUUUCGCGCUCGCGUCGUCGAGCGAAGCGCAGCACACGCUCACGUCGCUCUGCUUUGUGAGCCAGUGGCCAUUCUGCGGUCCGUUGCUCAAGUACCUCGAGCAGCUUGCGAUCUUGGGCGUACACCAGGCGCGGCAAGUCGACUACGUUGGCGUCGAGAAGAGCUUGGCCAACCUCUUUUACGAAGUGCCACUGCCCGUACGCGGCCGGGCGGGCGUCGUCGCCAGCAUUGGCGAUACGGACGUGCUCUUGAAGCGCUACACGAUGCAAGAAGUCCCGUUCGAGAUGGACAUGGAGUUUCUCGAGUAUACGUUUGCGAUUCUUACGCCGACGACGCUGCUCGACGUGCUCUGCCACCUUCUCCUGGAACACGCGGUGCUUCUCGUGGGCGUCGACACGCUCUUCGUCACCGCGGUGGCCGAGACGCUGCGGCACUUGCUCUUCCCACUGCAGUGGGAUCAUGUCUUCAUUCCGGUGGUGCCGCCCGGCGUCGACAUGGCGACGCUUCUCGACGCACCCGUGCCGUUUGUGGCCGGUGCGCACCCGCUCCAGCUCGAAGGCGCCGCCUUGCCGCCCACAGUGGUGCGCGUCGAUUUGCCGGAAGGGCGCGUCACGUCGGCGAUCGAGCUGCCGCCACUGCCCGACGCGGUCGUGGCGAUGAAGGACCGGCUCGCGACGGUACUCACGAAGACGUCGACGCAGCUCUCGCGGCGGCUCUGGGAACGCCGCAUCGCGUUUCAGAAGGCACUCUACUCCAACAACAAGGGCGAUCUCAUGUACGAGCGCGGGAAGUUUCUGCUCGGGUCCUCGGCGCUCAUUCGCAAGGUGGCCAAGUCCUUUACGCAUCUCAUUGGCGACCUCGUGGCCGGGCACGAGCACUGCUUGCGCGGUGACGUGCUCGCGUACAUCAGCACAAAACCCGCGUCGCAGCAGGCGUUUUACACGGCGCUUGCCGAUACAAAUGCGUUCCAGGCCUUCUUGGACGGCAUGGCGGCGCCACACGAGGCGUCCCGGGCGCUGCAUUUCUUCCUGCAGACGCAGCAGUCGACGACCCUCAAGAGCCCUUUGCUGUCGCCGAGUGCGCAAGAGAAUGCGCACUUCCACGUUGCGGUGGCCCCCGAUACGCCGGUGCUGCAGCCCCAAAAUGACGCUUCAACCCUCCAGUUCCACGUGGCAUUUCCGACCCUCGACGUCGCGGCCUUUGGGCCCCGCUGCCCAAUACGGCUAGCUGCCCCAACCGAGGUCGACCUGGACGAUGACAUAUGUAGCCUGCCGAACGGUCGUCGAAGCAGCAGCAACGUCACAACCCCCGAGGCGCGGGCGUCCGUCCUCGUCUGGCUCGACACGUGGUUGAGCUCGUCUGAGAAAGGAAAGGCCGUCCAGUCUGUCUUCCGUCGAACCAAGACGCUGGGCAGCCCGACUCGAUCGUCGCCGCUGCACCGGACGCUGAGUCAGAAUGCGUCUCGCAGUGACGGCCACCGCCCGUGGCUGCUCACGUCGUGCGCACCGGCCUGUGCGUCGCGGGUGACGCAGACGACGAUUGCGCUUGAAGAAAGCUGUCGCGCCAAGACCAGCGACGCGCUCGAAGCGGCGUAUGUGCGUCUCAUUGACGCAUUCGCAGCGUGCGAGACGCAGCACCACUUGCACGACAUUCGCCACGUCUUUGCCGCGUGCCUCGGGCCGGGACCGCCGCUCGGGUCGAUCUACAACAAGGCGCCGUACUGGCGGCCGUUUAGCCAUAUGAUAUAUGCGUUCCUCAAGCGCGGCGACGUCCACGAGGCGGUCAAGUGGUUCUCUCAAGUGUCGACGGCGCCGUCAACCAGCGCGUCCUCGGCACCGGUGGAAAGUGCUGCGACUUGCUUGGAACACGAGCUCGAGAGCCUCCUCUUCCGCAUCUACGCUACGUUUAGCGUCGGCACGCUCGGCGUGCGCAUCGGGCCGUACGUCGACGGCAAGGGCGCGGUGGUCACUGGGCUCGACGAGUGUGGACCGCGCCAGAUCCGCGAACAAGACGUGCUCGAAUCGGUGAACGGACGGCUCGUGACCACCGAACCGUUCAGUGUCGCGGCGCGAGUGCUGCUUGACGCGCCGCGGCCCGUGUCUCUGACGCUCCUUCGGGGGUUGCCCGCGCUCGAGAAGAGCCAAGGCGAGCCGGUGCUGCGGCCACGGCGGUUUGUCAACGACAAGUUUGGGUGGCUUCACCGCGAGAACGUCCGCGUGACGCUGCUUUCGGACUGCACCGACUGCGGCCACCGCCUCUCGCACGCCGAGCUCGAGCGGCAGCCCAACGUCGUGCGGUGUCCGACGUGCGGGAGUAGUCUCGCGCCCCAUUUCUGUGUCAUUUCGCACGAUGUCGCGUCCGAGCCGGUUGUGUUUUUGCCGUGGACGACCAUGAAGGCGCGACUGCAGUCGUUUCAAUGUGCAUCGCUGGCGUCGUUGCUCGCGAUCGACGCCGGCGUGUACUGGAACCUCUUCCUCAAGUGCCUCGUCUUGGACUGCGACCUCGGCGAUCUCUUCCCGAUGGCAGCGUCCUUGACGCCCCAAGACAAUGAUGACCAAAUAUCCUCGACGGACGAGCCCGUGCGUAGUGCGGACGACGCCGACGUCGAUGACCUCCGCGCACUCUGCCGCUUUGUCUUGCGCCAGUGCCCGGACAACGCGUCCCACUGCGCGAUGGCCACGCGGCUCUUGUCGGCCGUCAACGACGCCGACGACGAUCGCAACUUGAUAAAAGCGGCGGAGAAACUCGAUCUCGACGGUGACGACAACAAUACCGCCGAGACGAGUGUCAACGCGACCGAGGCUGCAUGUCGUCCUAGUCGUACUCGUAGUAGCGACCUUAGCUGA